UCACGGGAAUCGGGAAUCGGGAAUCCGUAUCGGGAAUAUACUAAAAAACGGGCGAACAAGGAAAGCCGUUCCUUUAUGCAGGCACUGCGUGCUAAUUAAUUGUGUUUCUGUGGCCCAGUGGCUAAUGUGCACUCGAUAUUGAAUUUAAAUUCAAUCCAGCCCAACCCAAUUCAACGCCCCCUGCUCCUGUUUUCCCCACUGUUCGUAUAUUCGUAUGCGUCAUAUGUAAAAGAGCGGAAAAAGGGCGAAAAGGAGAGAGAAAGCCAAGGCAAGGAAAGAAGCAGUGGCCACAACAAAAGCAGCAAACACAGAACAAGAAGGCAAAACAGAGCAACAACAACGGCACCCCCACCCCCCACAUUGCUCCAUCCGUUGUUUUUGUUGCUGCUGCAGCUGUUUUUAUGCUGCCGGCUAUUUGUGUGUGUGCCACCAAUGCGCAUGUGUGUCUGUGUCAACCCCCGCGGACAAAAAGACAACAACGAAAAUAAAAUAAAAGUGAAAAGUUUAAUUCCCUGUUUACCAAUACGAAUUGUUAUUCCGGCGCAAGAAUAGGGCCUCGAAAAAAAUAAAGAUAAAUAGUUGUGAUCCACCCGAGUGAUCGCGGAAAAGUGUCAAGUGUUCUUCGCAUCAAGAAAGAAAGAGAGGUGAAAAAGCUAAAGAAAUGUGUUCCACAUGUGUCGUCGCCAUCCUGCUCGCACUCGUUGCCCUGUCCUCGGGCAUCCAGGACCUGUCCCUCCCACACCAAAGAUCUCCACCCACCUCUGAACAGCUGGACAUGCAGGCAACCAAGCCCGGAAAAACAAAGCCAGUCUCCCAAGAUGAUAUGUACAAUUACCUCAUGCAGUUUGAUUACCUGCCCAAGUCGAACCUGGAAUCGGGUAAUCUGCUCUCCGACCAGAAGCUGACAGAUGCAAUCCGGAGUCUCCAGUCUUUUGGCAACAUUCCAGUUACGGGCCAAAUCGACUCGGCAACGGCCCGGCUAUUAAAGCAACCUCGAUGCGGCGUGGGCGACCAGAAGUCCGCCAAUAGCUUCUCGCCAGAUAAUCUGUAUCACGACAGUGGCUACGGAGUUCGGGUGCGGCGAUAUGUUCUUCAGGGACCCAAAUGGUCGAGGACGGAUCUUACGUGGAGCCUGGUCAACCAGACGAUGCCAGAUGCCUCAAAAGUCCGGAUGAUGGUGAGCCGUGCCCUGAGCGUUUGGGAGAACAACUCGAAGCUGACUUUCCGGGAGGUCUACAGCGACCAGGCCGACAUACAGAUAGUCUUUGCACGACUCCAGCACGGCGAUGGCUAUAAAUUCGAUGGACCUGGUCAGGUGCUGGCCCACGCCUUCUAUCCCGGCGAGGGGCGUGGCGGAGAUGCGCACUUCGAUGCGGACGAGACAUGGGACUUCGAUGGCGGAGCCGACGAUAGUCGAGGCACCAAUUUUCUGAACGUGGCCCUGCACGAACUGGGUCACUCCCUGGGACUGGGCCACUCCUCGGACACGAAUGCGAUCAUGUUUCCGUGGUACCAGAACAACGAGGUGAACGGCCAGCUGCCCGACGACGAUCGCCAUGGCAUCCAGGAGCUGUACGGCUCGAAGGAGAAGACCUGGGGACCCUAUAGACCCCGUCCCACGACCACCACAACCACGACGACCAUGCGUUCGUUGAACUACUACCCGGAGAAACCAGCCAACAGACCCCGGUAUAAUCCCAACAAGGAUUGGGAGCGGGCCAGAGAGCGCCAGGAGCUGGAACGGAGGCGCCAGGAGCAGGAGCGUCAAGAGCAGGAGGAUCGUCGCCGGGAACGGGAGCGGCAACGGGAGCGGGAACGGGAGCAGGAACGUGAGCAGGAACGAGAGCGGGAUAGGCAGGAGAGGGAGCGGGUGCGGCUGGAAAUGGAACGGGCGAAUCGGGAGCGGAUUACAACAACCACCAGGAGAUCCACUAGGCCAUACCAAAAUGGAGGGCACCGGCAGAACCACCACCACAGCAAACCGCGUAAGCCCAAGCCGGACACCUGCAUGACCUACUACGACGCCAUCUCGAUGAUUCGCGGCGAACUUUUCAUCUUCCGAGGACCGUUCCUUUGGCGCAUUGGAGCAUCGGGUCUGUAUCCUGGUUAUCCUACGGAGACCAGGAGGCACUGGUCUGCUCUUCCCGAAAAUCUCACCAAAGUGGAUGCGGUAUAUGAAAACAAACAGCGACAGAUUGUGUUCUUCAUUGGUCGUCAGUACUAUGUGUUCAACUCGGUGAAUCUGGCUCCUGGCUUCCCAAAACCUCUAGCUAGUCUGGGUCUGCCGCCCACUCUGACCCACAUCGACGCCUCCUUCGUUUGGGGCCACAACAAUAGAACCUACUUGACCAGCGGCACUCUCUACUGGCGCAUCGACGACUACACCGGUCAAGUGGAGCUGGACUAUCCGCGGGACAUGAGCAUCUGGUCGGGAGUGGGCUACAACAUCGACGCGGCCUUCCAGUAUGUGGAUGGAAAGACGUACUUCUUCAAGAACCUGGGGUACUGGGAGUUCAACGACGACCGCAUGAAGGUGGCCCAUGCCAGGACCAAAUUGUCGUCUCGCAAAUGGAUGCAGUGCGCCCGGAAUGCCAACGAGGUGGAUGACGAGCAGCGUUGGACGGCUUCCUUGGUAUCUGGGGAGAGUGAAGGCGACGGGAGCGAAGGAACGGGGAGGAGUGGCGCCAGGGAGCAAAGGACUAGCCUCUUCCUGCUCUCAGUCCUCCUGUUAGUCACCACGAUCUGGCGGAGUUAAGAUUGGAUGAAAGGUUUAGGCUAAGCAAUCCCUAGCAUUAACAGCCUUGGUUCGACUCGUAUUUUUCAUAAAGAAGAAAAGUUUCUAUAAGCCAAAUUAAAUAUUAUCCCUUUUAUGGUUUUUUCUGAGACAUUGAUGAAAAUAAAACAGUUUUAUAAAUGGUAAGACAUAAAUUGGAAA